AUGACGGCGGGGUGCGAACUCUGGAAGAGUUGCGCCCGAUGGAUGCGGGAUCUGGGAUUAAUUGGAACCACUGAUGAGAAUGGCACAAUGUUGGAGUUUGCAUCAAUAUUGAGAGAUGGCGUGCUUCUCUGUCGUUUGGCCAACACCUUGAUUCCCGAUUCGACCAUCAUCUCAGAAGUCAACAAGCCUGUGCAGAUGUCUCAAUUCACCUGCUCGAAAAAUAUCAUCAAAUUUUUGGAAGUUUGCAAGUUGUUGAACAUCAAGGAGGAGGAUUUAUUCGUGCCGCAUGAUUUAUUCUUUAUGACAGGCUUCCAAAAAGUCCUGCGAACUUUAUCUCUACUGUCCCAUACUCCGGAAUCCCUUUCAAAGGGUGUAGCACCCUUUCCUGAACUCGAUGCAACCUUACAGCCCGGUCCGUCGAACACGUUGGAGCAAAAAGUGGAAGAAGAGGACAUUUAUCAGUCCCUGACGGAAAACAUUGAAAAUAUCGAUCCGGACCAAACUAUCUAUGGGCCAAUUACUAGCGGUGAAGAUCAAAAGAAGGAACAGCUUUACGAUCAUAUCGUAAUGACCAAAAAGAACAGCAUUAAUGAGAAUGACGUUUCGCCGUCAAUGCAACGCAUGCGAUGCAUUCAGGAAUUGUUCGACACGGAAAAGAACUAUGUUGAGACGGCGCUUCGAAUCAUCAUUGAGAAGUUUUAUAUCCCAUUGAGGAACAAGAUUCCGGACGACAAGUAUGAGACCAUCUUCUCCAACAUUGAAAGAAUUAUGGAGCUCCACAAGCUUAUUCUUGAGGAUCUUUAUUACCCCGUACAACAAGCUCUUGGACGAACUGAGAUUGUCGCCCGUCCGAAUUCCCUUACCGCUGCUCCACAAUUUAUUGGAGAGGUCUUUGUAAAACACCGUGAUGGUCUUCUCGAGUAUGGACAAUACUGCAGCAACUUGAUGGAAAGCCGCAAGACUACUAACAAGUUGAUGGAAUCGGAUCCAGUCAUCAAGAACAUGAUCCUUGACUGCACCAACUUCGAGAAUAACCAAUUCAGCAUGCAAGACUUGCUUACUGUUCCAUUCCAAAGGAUCACAAAGUAUCCACUCCUCAUUCGGGAGCUUAUUAAGAAGACCGACGUUGGAAACCCAGAGCGCACAUCGCUUUGCGAUGCGCAAGAAAUUUUGGAUGAUGUCUGCGAAUAUAUUAAUGAUAUGACUAGAGACAAGGAAACUCAAAAGUUUAUUGAUGAGAUUGAGGAGAGCAUUGUGGACUUGGCGAUGCCCGACGGUGUGCGCUUGCGGGACUAUGGUCGAGUCAAUUUUGACGGCGAGGUCAAGAUGGUCGAAUCGACGGCGACACAGGUCGGCAAGCAAAAGAAUCGUUUCAUUUUCAUCUUCGACAAGAACACCAGCUACACCUACAAGAAUGCGUUUGUGAUCAACGAACUUUCAGUCGACAUGAAUGUGUCAAUUGACACCCGAUCGAGUGGAACGAUCACCAGAAGAACACAACAUGUGAUCCACUUGUACCGCGAUCGCACGGAGAACAAUGAAGUGGUUCACAUCACGCUGUACUUUAAGCAUGAGGCUCCACGUCAAAAGCUUCUUAAUGCGUUCCUCCUUGCCAAAGAGAAUGUUUCACCGACAGAACUGAUCAAGGAUUCAAAUCACAAGGUGACAUUCACAAACUUCAUUGUCGAUCUAAACCGCCCAGAAGUGUGCGGAGUGUGUCAGAAGUUGAUGAAGGGCUUGUAUUAUCAAGGAUAUAAGUGCAAUAAUUGUCACCUGUCAAUGCACAAAAGCUGCUUGGGGCUGAAGAAAUGCGAAGCAGUUCGCCGAUCAUCAGAGAACAGAAUCUCCCACAGCUUCAACGCGAAUCGUCCGAGAAAAGCUUUUUUUUGGUUUUCAGUCUUCAAAGGAGAGGUAGUGAUUGCGAAUACGAGCUUCACCCCAUCGGAUCCGACGUUUUUGCAAUUCCGCAAAGACGAUCAAAUCGAAGUAAUUCAAGUGCAGUCAGGAAACCGUUUCACCGGCUGCGUGGUGAACAAUCGCUCGCGCACCGGAUUGGUGAACAUGGAUCGCGUGACGAAAGCCAGGUCGACAUCGAUGAUCGGCUUGAAUCCAGCGAUGGAUAGUCCAGCUGGUUCGAUAUUUGGACGCAUUGAUCGCAAAGAGAGCACGAUGCUACCGAAUCGUCAAGAUUCGAUUCUCUCGGAUGGUUCAAUUUCCAGAAGCAGUUUUGCCAGCCGCUCGCGCAGCUCGACAUUGGGUAGGACCCCGUUACAGCAAGAUUAUGUCAAUACUGUGAUUUCGGAAUAUCCGUGGUAUUUGGGCGAAAUGGAAAGAAUCAAGGCGGAAAGCAUCCUCAGAGAGACACCUAAUGGAACGUUCCUCGUCCGUUUUAGCAAGAAUCGCAAUCAAACCGCCAUCAGUGUUAGCUAUGAGCAUGAGGUAAAACACAUGAUAAUCGAGGAGACCGACGACGGAAAAAUGUUUCUCGAUGAGGGCUACAUUUUCAAUUCCGUUGUGGAACUCGUCCAAUAUUACCGCGAACAUAAUUUGAUUGAGAUCUUCCAAGGCCUCAACACCACUCUCAAGUACCCAUACCUCCACUGCAAGAUCUUCCGUGCAAUUCACGAUUAUGAAGCGACGCAGCCAGCGCCUGAAGGAAAAUUCCUAUCCCUUCGCAAAGGUGAUAUUGUGUUGCUCAUCGAUACGGUUGGAGAGGAUCGAGGAUGGUGGAAGGGACAGUGUAACAACCAGAGUGGAUUCUUUCCAUUGUCCUAUGUGCAGCCGGUAACCGACGCCGAGUCUAAUGGAAGCACUAGCCAAACCCUCACUCAUCAGAGCUAG